CGGAAGUGCUGUGAUACCGACUUCCUGUUAUAGGUGGGGGGUGGGGGGCUAGCCAUUCGGUGUGCGAUUGUCUGGGGCGGCCUGGGGCUGCCCGGAGCGGCUGACCCUCUGCCAGCGGGGACGGGAGUCGCCAGGAGGCCGUCAUGGCGGUGUCGGAGAGCCAGCUCAAGAAGAUGGUGUCUAAGUACAAAUACAGAGACCUAACUGUACGUGAAACUGUCAAUGUUAUUACUCUAUACAAAGAUCUCAAACCUGUAUUGGAUUCAUAUGUUUUUAAUGAUGGCAGUUCUAGGGAACUAAUGAACCUCACUGGAACGAUUCCUGUGCCUUACAGAGGUAAUACAUAUAAUAUUCCAAUAUGCCUGUGGCUGCUGGACACAUACCCGUAUAACCCCCCUAUCUGUUUUGUUAAGCCUACUAGUUCAAUGACUAUUAAAACAGGAAAGCAUGUUGAUGCAAAUGGGAAAAUAUAUCUCCCUUACCUGCAUGAAUGGAAACAUCCUCAGUCAGACUUGCUGGGGCUUAUUCAGGUCAUGAUUGUAGUGUUCGGAGAUGAACCUCCUGUCUUCUCUCGUCCUACUGUCUCAGCAUCCUACCCACCAUACCAGGCAACAGGGCCACCAAAUACUUGUCAAACUAAUGGAGUUUUUGGAAGUAUUCUGAGGCCCCACAUCUGCAUGUACAGAUUCCUAUCGAAGCUGGAGUUUGGGCUCCCAUUUGUGGGUAGAAGUCUAACCUCCUACAUGCCAGGCAUGCCCAGUGGAAUUUCUGCAUACCCAUCUGGAUACCCUCCCAAUCCCAGUGGUUACCCAGGGUGUCCUUACCCACCUGGUGGUCCAUACCCUGCCACAACAAGCUCCCAGUACCCUUCUCAGCCUCCUGUAACCACUGUUGGUCCCAGCAGAGAUGGAACCAUCAGUGAGGACACCAUCCGGGCCUCUCUCAUUUCAGCAGUCAGUGACAAACUAAGAUGGAGAAUGAAGGAAGAAAUGGAUCGUGCCCAGGCGGAGCUUAAUGCCUUAAAACGAACAGAGGAAGACCUGAAAAAAGGACAUCAGAAACUGGAAGAGAUGGUCACCCGCUUGGAUCAAGAAGUAGCUGAAGUUGAUAAAAACAUAGAACUUUUGAAAAAGAAGGAUGAAGAACUCAGUUCUGCUCUGGAGAAAAUGGAAAAUCAAUCGGAAAACAAUGAUAUUGAUGAAGUUAUCAUUCCCACAGCCCCACUAUAUAAACAGAUUCUCAAUCUCUAUGCAGAGGAAAAUGCUAUUGAAGACACUAUCUUUUACCUGGGAGAAGCCUUGAGGCGGGGCGUCAUAGACCUGGAUGUCUUCCUGAAGCAUGUACGUCUUCUGUCCCGUAAACAGUUCCAGCUGAGGGCACUAAUGCAAAAAGCAAGAAAGACUGCCGGUCUUAGUGACCUCUACUGACUUCUCUGAUACCAGCUGGAGAUUGACCUCUUCUAGAGCAUUCUUUCUUCUCUUCCUUUCUCUUAUCAGUAGGUGCCCAGAAUAAGUUAUUGCAAUUUAUCAUUCAAGUGUAAAAUAUUUUGAAUCAAUAAUAUAUUUUCUGUUUUCUUUGGGUAAAGACUGGCUUUUAUUAAUGCACUUUCUAUCCUCUGUAAACUUUUUUGUGCUGAAUGUUGGGACUGACUAUGCUAAAUAAAAUUUGUUGCAUACUU